AUGAGUCGUCGAAAGCGUCUAAAGGAGGACGUAGGACUUGCACCAUUGUCUAAGAUGUGUGAAAACUGCCCCAGAUACUUGUACAGCUUCGAGACAGUAAGAGAAACCUGGAUUCGCGAUUGUCAGAAUAAGGGUAGACAGUACUAUGAGCGAAUCAAAUACUACUUCAAAUUCUCUCUCAACCGUCAUUUGAAAGACAUCAUUUUUGUGAUAGCCUAUGGUGUAGACCAUUGUGCCAGAAUCUUUCUUGAUUUUAAGGCUCAUUGCUUUUUGAAGGAAAAAGUGGAGAAGGCCAUUGAGCUAGCAGACCAACUUUCAAACGUUUCUCCAAUUAUGGUAUCGAGGAAAACUCCUCAAAUAAUGAGAAUUUUUACAUCUUUAAAGGAAUUCACCCUUUUCGCUGAACAACUUCGCAGUAAAAAUCGUGCCAUUUUUCGACAAAGGCAUGUCAAUGGAGUGUACGUGUUGGAGAGGAUUAGUGACGUUAUGGAAUUAAAACAACCGUCAUUUUUAGCUUUUAGCGCGAAUAUCUCUGAGUAUGACCCAAACCAAAUAUGGCAAAUUGGAUGUGUGGUUUUCUCACUUGAAAGUCAGAAAUUUGAAGAAUCAUAUCACUUUUGUCACCGUUCAAAGGCAGAUUUACAUGUGGUAAAUAAUAACAAUCUACAACAAACUCAAGAUGAAUGUACGUCCUCAAACGAAAGUACAAAAGUUUUGAUCCUCAAAGACUGUUUGUUAAAGUUGCAAAAGGAUAUUUCAAGAGUAGACUUUCUGGUUACACAUUCAAUGUCUUCAAAGGGUGUGCAAGAUUUCCUUAGAAAGCAAGGAGUGGACGCCGAGGUCAAAGAGGCAAUCGACACUCUAUCAAUUCAUUCUGCUCUGUUUUAUGAGUCUAGAAAAGAAAACAAUAUGGAAGAGAUUCUCAAACAACUGGAAAUCCCUUUCGAAAGUUGCCAACUGCAGAACGCGGCAUACAACGCUGUUUACAUUGCGAAGAUGUUGCGAGCUCUUUUGAGUCAGGAAUUUUCUAUAUGUCUUAGCGCAUAA